AUGGUCUGCUCUGGCCUCAUUGUCGCUUUGCUGAGCACGGUCAUCACUCUCUCUGCUUUCGCAGCUCCAACAGCAGGACUGGUAUCAAGCCUCUCAUCCACUCUGUUUUCAACGACAAGCGGACUAAUGGGAAUCUCGAAGCAGAAGUCUCCGGGCUCCGCCAGCUUUCCUCAGGUGAUGAGAGGACCUGCAGGCUCGGCCGUGGGUAUUGAGUGCUUCUGCAACAAAGCGAGCAAAUGCACCAUCACGUUGAGUGGUGGCAUCACCGACAUUCUUGGCAAUGGAGCGGACUACAAGGGCAAUCUCACCAUCUCAGGCUGGAUUCAGGAUGGCCACGCCUGGGCUUCUACGGACUCCUACGGUCAAGCAGCGGCGCCGUUCACUCUCAAAUGCAAUGCCAUAGGAGACGUCUGCUCGACUACAAUGGCUGGAAACUUGACUCAGGUCUUUGACAAUGGGGAGGCUAUGGAACUCUGGGGCUGGCUGACACCUUCUGGGAAAUGUGACAAAGGCGUCUGCACAGGGGAGAUCAAAGCUCUUGGUGAUCCAGGAUACUAG